AUGUUCAGAUUACUAGCUACAAAACAAACAAUUAAAUCAAAUGGAAGAAGAUUCUUAAGUUCUUCAUCUAUCUUGAAAGCUGACCCAGCAAAGGGUAAGAAGUUUGCAGAGAAAAACGAAGACAUCAUCAAGCACUCGCAAACAAGUUCUGCCACAUGGAAGAAAAUUUCACUUUUCUUAGCGAUUCCUGCAAUUCUAAUAUGUGCAGUUCCAGUGUAUAGAGUUGAACAGGAACACGCUAAACAUAGAAAAGCUUUAAAAGCCAUCCCAGACGACAAAUGGCCAGCUGAAUACGAGUAUCAAAACAUUAGAAGAAAGAAGUUCUUUUGGGGUGAUGGAGAUAAGACUUUAUUCUGGAAUGAGGGCGUUAACAGACACGUCAAGAACUAA